GGGUCGCGGCGCCUCCCUCAACGCCACCGACCACGAGGGCAACACGCCCCUGCACGUCGCCGCCAAGGGGCCACAGCCAGACCGUCCUCCAGCUGCUGGACCUCGGCGCCCUCGACUCGCUCAAGAACAAGGACCACCUCCUCUACUCGGACCUGGCGCUGAUACGUGCGGUGAGGACAGGCAAUAAGGUCGAAGUCAUGUCUGGCUUAGCAUGGGGAGGUGACCCUAAUAGCCGUGACAGUCGUGGAUGGACGCUCUUGCACCAUGCUGUGUAUAAGGGUGCACACGAGAUCGCUCAGCUCCUCAUAGAAAACGGAGCGAACGUGAACGCCUCCGACAGGCACGACCGCACCCCCCUCCUGCUGGCCUGCUACAGGGGGAACCACCAGAUUGCAGACCUGCUCCUGGAAGCCGGGGCGGAGGUGAACGUGCAGGACUGGGCUGGUCAGACACCCCUGCACUGGGCGGCCUACGAAGGCACCGUCGAAACCGUGCAGCUGCUCUUGGACUUCGGGGCGGACACGACCAUCAAGAACAAGGAGGGACUUCGAUACGACAAUCUGCUCCUGAAGCACCUUACUUCGCCGUCCGCCACAAACGACGCCGACACGGUGGUCAGACUGCUCAGCGCCGGCGCCGACCAGUACGCCGAGGUCGUGGGCACGGGAGUCAACCCCAUGGAGGAGGCCAAGCGCUGCGGCUUCUACGACAUCCUGCGGCAGAUGGCUUCCCUGGCCAAGAAGGAGGCCGGGGAGCCAGCGGCGAACGAGGAGCAGGAGCGGGAAAACGGCAAAGCCUUGGAAGACGUUCACAGGCUGUUCGAAGGUGCAAAUAUCACUGAGGACGCCGGCUCGAAGAGAGAGGAAGUGGGACAAGAGGAAGAGGAAGAGGAAGAAGAUGAAGGACGAAGAUGAUGAUGAUGAUGAGAUGCUGAGAGGAGGAGGAAGAAGAAGAAGAAGAGGAGGAGGAGAGGAAGAGAUGAGGAUGCUUAUUGGAAAAUGUCGAAUGCCUAUGUGGUUCUCACGGCCGACGAAGUGUUCAAGGAGGAGGAGAGAGCCUGGCUGAAGGAGUUCGAAGAGAAGCCGAAGGUGAUCUCCGCCAAAGAGCUGAUGGAAGAGGAAAACAAUGCCUUCUGGGAGGAGUGGAAGGAAAAGCCCAAGGCCGUGCCAGCGAAGGAGGCCUUCAAGGAAACGAAUGCCUGGGGAAAAGAAGAGAAGAAGAGGAGGAGAAAGAAGGAAGAAGAAGAGAGGAGAAGA